AUGGGAGCAGGAAGGCAGAUGUCAGCUGUCACCAAAACCAACAACCCUCUCGACAGAGUCCCCUCCACAAAACCACCGUUCACCAUCGGCGACAUAAAAAAAGCCAUCCCUCCCCACUGUUUCAACCGCUCACUUCUCCGAUCCUUCUCCUACGUGGCAUACGACCUCACCGCCGCCUUCCUCCUCUACCACCUCACCACCUACUUCCACCUUCUCCCACCGCCCAUCUCCGCCAUAGCAUGGCCGGUAUACUGGGCAGCACAAGGCUGUGUCCUCACCGGAGUUUGGGUCAUCGCCCACGAAUGCGGCCACCACGCGUUUAGCGACCACCAAUGGGUCGACGACACAGUCGGCCUCUUCCUCCACUCCGCUCUCCUCGUCCCAUACUUCUCAUGGAAAUACAGCCACCGCCGCCACCACUCCAACACCGCAUCCCUAGAACGCGACGAAGUUUUCGUCCCAAAACCCAAAUCAAAAUUAUCAUGGUACGCGAAAUACCUAAACUACCCUCCGGGACGUGUCAUAACUCUUCUCACUACCCUCACCCUAGGCUGGCCAUUAUACCUAGCUUUCAACGUCUCCGGUAGACCCUACGAUCGUUUCGCGUGCCACUUCGCUCCAAACAGCCCAAUUUUCAACACCCGUGAACGUCUCCAAAUUUGGAUAUCCGACGGGGGUAUUAUCGUCAUUUCAUAUCUACUAUACCGUAUCGCAUUACUCAAAGGUCUCACGUGGGUGAUUUGUGUAUAUGGUGUUCCAUUGCUUGUUGUGAACGGGUUUCUUGUUAUGAUCACUUAUCUUCAACAUACACACCCUUCGUUGCCUCAUUAUGAUGAUUCGGAGUGGGAUUGGUUGAGGGGGGCUUUGGCAACGGUGGAUCGUGACUAUGGUGUGCUUAAUAAGGUGUUUCAUAAUAUAACGGAUACUCAUGUGGUGCACCAUUUGUUUUCUACAAUGCCUCAUUAUUAUGCCAUGGAAGCAACGAAAGCUGUGAAGCCUGUUCUUGGGGAGUAUUAUCGGUUUGAUGAUACACCGUUUUUUGUGGCGAUGUGGAGAGAGGCGAAGGAGUGUUUGUAUGUGGAGUCCGAAGGGAAGAAAGGAGGUGUGUUUUGGUACAUGAAUAAGUACUGA